CGAAGGUCUUUGAACCGUUGGCAAUAAAUUGUUGAUCGGGAUGGAUCCACAAUAUAGUAGAACACUUGAGUCGUUUGAAGUAGUAUCACUUGAAACUAAAUUGUGCUCACGGGUAUUCAAUACAGCCAUGUCAGCUACAACUCGGUUUGCUCUGUGUAACCUUUUUGUGUUAGUUCUAGUCGGCGCCAAGGUAUUUGCGGCCGACGUCAUCAACGGCACUGUUCGGUUCACUUUGUUCAAUCGACAGCAACAAAAAUGGAUGAACCUUUCCAGUAAAAACAGUGAUUUCGAAUCAAACGGAUGCAGUCCAAAGGAACCGUUUGCCAUAAUAGUUCACGGAUGGCGCGAGGGAAGUUACACCGAAUGGAUCAAAGAUACGAAGAGCAACCUGACGACUUAUCGAAGUGGAUGUGUUUUAUUUAUGAGUUACGGCAACGACAACCAAAAUGUGGACUAUUUCGGCCAGUUGAUGCCAAACUUUAACAAUUUGGCAAACGAUUUGGUUGGUCUGCUGAAAAGAUUGGAAACGGUUGGGUUCGAUCCGGCCGAUGGAUUCAUAUUUGGUUUCAGUUUCGGUGCUCAACUGGCGUUCGAGGCCGGUAGAAGAUUUGGUUUCGGAAAACUUGCGCGAAUCGAUGCAUGUGAACCAGCGGGACCUGGCUUCGAUGAUAGUAGAAUAUACUCACUGUUAGAUCCGAAAAAGGCAGCGAAGGUAGUUCAGUGUAUUCAUACCAGUUCCAAUUACGGUACAAAACUUCGUAAUUGUCAUAUUAACUGGAAUAUGGGUCAGUGCGGGAAGUCUCAGGUGGCCGCUGGACCAUUUCCGAAGGGGUCUCACGGGCUGUGUCCAUAUUUUUACAACAGUGCAUUUACCCACAAUUUCUAUGCAGUACCGAAACCGAAGGAUUGCUCUUCAUCCCGAUAUACCGGUUCCUGGCCAAGUAGAUUCCGGAUGGGCUACUUCAGUGAUAUGAAUAGCACUUUCCAAGCGGAAUUAUUUUCGCCUAGUUCAAAAUACUACCCGUAUAUUAAUGACACGGUAGCAAAUAAAAUUUAGUUAAUUAUUGUGAGGAUUUUAUACAGUGUUACUUUAUGUAUUAUUGUGUAAUAAAAAUUUGAAAAUUAAUCCGAAUAUAAAGAA